GGGCAACAUCUCCACCUCUAAUUGGCUCCUCUACGGCCACCCCGGAGACACGCCACGCCACUCCUGAUAGGCAGAGGCCGGCAGUCUCUGAGUCUCCGAUUGGCUUAGGUUCACCAUCACACCACCCCCUCAGGAACCCGGCGGAAGCACGGGGUGCCAGACUGUCCACACCACACGAGUGAUUGCCUGCAGCACUCAGAAAGGAUUCCAUGGCAUUGUACAACUGGCUGUUUGUUCUACAAAUCUCCCCAGGAACAGAUCGGACCGCCUGCCUGCUUUCGAUAUAGUGAUUCCAUUUGUGCUCCAGCAUCAUUGAUGAUGGCAAUCCUACCCUGGGAGUAGGAUUUCAUUACCAACAUCUAAACUGGAGAAAGCAAAAGCAGUGAAGACCUCGGAGCAAGUGAGAAGUUUGUCCUGUUAAUCAUGUUGCUGCCUCCUCUGAGCAUCCUGUUGGCAUUGGCUGCCUGCUGUUCAUCCUUAGAUAAUGGUUUACUGAGGACUCCACCAAUGGGAUGGCUGCCUUGGGAACGUUUUAGAUGCAAUACUGAUUGCAAAACUGAUCCUGGAAACUGCAUCAGUGAGUACUUGAUCAAAAGUAUGGCAGACAAGAUGGCAGAAGAUGGAUGGAAGGAGCUGGGUUAUGAAUAUGUGAACCUUGAUGACUGCUGGUCUGCAAAGGAAAGGGAUUCCCAGGGCAGGCUUCAGCCAGACCCAGAUAGGUUUCCAAGUGGUAUUAAAGCCCUUGCUGAUUAUAUACAUUCAAAAGGGCUGAAAUUUGGAAUUUAUAGUGACAUGGGUAACUACACCUGCAAAGGUUACCCUGGGACCACACUGGACACCAUUGAUACAGAUGCCAAAACAUUUGCAGAAUGGGAAGUUGACAUGCUGAAGCUUGAUGGCUGCUAUUCCAACUCAUCUGUUAAAGCAAUAGGUUUGUUUCUUAGGAUUAAUCUUUGAACAAGGGAAAGACUA